UUGUUUAAGUUUUUCUAUAAAAAAAACAAAAAAAAUGGCUAGGUUUCCUAUAGCGGGAUGUCUUAUGUUAAUAUUAGUAGCAUCAAGUACCAUAUAUGAAGCACAAGGGACGUUCUUAUUAAGACAUUACAUGAGGAAGUUUCCUAAACUUUCCCAAGAUUUUGAGCCUUUUGCUUACAAGGGUAUGCUUAGUUUUGUUGACAACCUUGAGAGUAUGUGUCCAUUAAAUGGAGAGUACAAGGACUUCUUCUCAAAGCUCAAGAGUUUCAUGUCCUUUAUAAACACGGCACAAGGGUCUUCUUCGGAUUUUCAGUCUCAGAUGAAAUCACAAUCUGAGAGUCUCUUUAAGGCUGUCUCUGCAUUGGGUGUUAAAGCAGGAUCAUCGGCUGAUACGAGCAAAUUGAUUGAGAGUUUGAUGUCAAUGGGGCAAACGUUUUCUGAGUUUAAGAGGAGUGGUUCAACAAUGAUGACCAAUGAGCAAAGAACAGAGCUGGUUAAAUCUAUGGCGAAAUGGGCACAAGUGAUUGGUCAAUUUGUGAAAAACGUUGGUGACAAGAGUGGUGAUGGAAAUAUUGAUCUUGCAUCUAUUCUUGGAGGUGGUAGCCCGUUAGAUGGAAGUGGCAGUCCAAGCUCUGACACUAGUUCUCCCUCGGGUGAUGCUGGGACUCCUACCGAUGGUGGAAGCUAUGGUGACAGUACUGGUGACAGUGGAAGCUCAGCUGGUGGCCCGAGUGGAAGUGUAACUGAUUUAGGAGAUGGAAGCACUGCUGGUGGUCCGAGUGGAAGUACAACUGAUGGUUCUAGUGGAGGAGACAGUUCUAUGGGUGCUGGAAGUGGAGCAGCUGGUGAUACUGGAAGCACAAGUGGUGGAGAUGCUGCUGGUGGUGAUAGUGCUGCUGGUGGAGCUGCACCUGGUGGAGAAAGCGGUGGAGCUGCUGCGGGUGGUGAAAGUAGUGGAGCUGCUACAGGCGCUGAAAGUGCUGGAGCUACAGGUGCCGAAAGUGCAACCGGUGGAGAUAGCUCUGGAGCAGCGGCUGGUGGCGACACCAGUGGGGCUGCAGCCGGUGGAGAUAGCUCUGGAGCAGCGGCCGGUGGCGACACCAGUGGGGCUGCAGCCGGUGGAGAUAGCUCUGGAGCAGCGGCCGGUGGCGACACCAGUGGGGCUUCAGCCGGUGGAGAUAGCUCUGGAGCUACGGCAGGCGGGGCUGCUGCAGGUGGAGAAAGUGGUGGAGCUGCUGCGGGUGGUGGUGAUGCCGCUAGUGGUGCAAGUGGUGAAAGCUCAGGUGAUGCAAGUGGUGCAGCUGCUGGCGGCGCAAGUGGUGCUGCUUCAGGAGACACAAGUGGUGCUUCUGCAGGCGGCGCAAGUGGUGCUGCUUCAGGCGAUGCAAGUGGGGCUGCUGCAGGCGGCGCAAGUGGUGCUACUUCCGGUGAUGCAAGUUCAGGUGAUGCAAGUAGUGCUGCUUCUGGUGAUGCAAGUGCUGCUUCAGGUGAUGCAAGUGGUGCUGCUGCAGGCGGUACAAGUGGUGCUGCUUCUGGUGAUGCAAGUGGUGCUGCUUCUGGUGGCGCAAGUGGUGCUUCUUCAGGCGAUGCAAGUGGUGCUGCUGCAGGUGAUACAAGUGGUGCUGCUUCAGGUGGCGCAAGUGAUGCUGCUUCAGGCAGUUCAAGUGGUGCUGGUGCAGCUGGAGCAACUCAAACUACUGAAACUGGUGAAGCCUCAAGCGGUGAAAGCUCUUCUGCUGCUUCAGGAUCCACUGAAACUGGAAGUUCAAUGACUGGUGGUGCCUACACAGAUUCUACAGGUGGAAGUCCAGCAAGCAGCCCCUCUGCGGGUGGCCCUAGUGGAAGUGAAACUUCCAUGGAAGGUGCAGCCGCCGGAGAAACUUCUGGUGCAAGUGCAGGCUCUGUUAGCUAUCAAGCUGCUAACUAUGAAAAGAAACACUCAACAUCCUCAGGCAAAAGCUCCUUCAGCCAUGCCUCAAUAAAGAAAAGCUCUGGUACCGCCAAUGCUGACUCGUAGAUUCAGACUCUCGUAGAUAUCAAAAACUUAUUAAAUACAAUAAUUCGAAUAAAGAGAUGGCCCUGCUUAGUGCAGUGAGCUGUAGAAUGUUUUUUUGUUAUGUUGUUGUUACAAGUCUAGUAAUUACAAAUACUCAAUACUAGAGGGUUACAAACA